AUGAACUAUGACACUGCUGUACGGUCCCAGAUGAAGGAGAAAAUCGAGUCUGGGUUGCUUGUGACUAAGAACGAGAAAUUGAUGGCAGUCAGGGAGUUGACAAAAGCAGCAUACGAGGUGGCACUGCCUGAAAUGCAGUUGUUGUGCAAGGCAAAGGCUGCCGAAGAACACAAAGCUAAGACUUCUGCCAGUGUCAUGCUCUCCGAAGCUGCAACUGCAACACCUACCAAUGCGCAGUAUGCAAAGGCACUGGAGGAACAGCUAACAGGUUGGGAGUGGACAGUAAUUGGUGGAGGCCCUGAUCCUUGUCUCGGUGGCAUGCUUAAUGUAUUGAGUUACCACACAGGCAUGAAUCAAUCUGGCCUUACAUGGAAGCAGGCGACUUCAAGUUUUACAGACAGGCAUCUCAACCCAUACCUGAGUUAUCUUGGGAUGGUUUUCAAUGAGGACAACAGGAAGAAGUGUGCAUUGGACUAUGUGCCCCCUGCAGAACAAGAAGAGAAUUCCGUGCAUCAAGUGGCCGAGGCUCCGAUGAUGCCAGAUCUGAGUACCUCAUUGCAGGUGGAAUUCUCAUCACCUGCAGUCCCCAAGAAUCUGUUGCUACCAGGGCCCUUGAGCUUUAGCUUGCAAGGACUCAAUGACUUGUUUCAAGGACUCAAUGACUUGUACUCUUGGGAUUUUCAUGCCAGUCUUCUCAGCCAACAACCUUCAUCAUCGGCACCUCAACCUCAACCUCAACCUAAAACACCCACACUCCCUGCAUUUCCAUCAAUCAUUAAUCUGCCGGAAAUCUCGGCUUCUCAAAUCUCAGCUUCUCACCCCAUAGCAACCAACCAACUUCCUGCCGCUGCCACUGCCACCUGGCUCCCAGUUGCUACUGCUGCCAAUCUCGUUGCCCAUCCUACUGCUGCCCAUCCUACCACCGCCACUGUUACUCAGCUCAUGGUUUCUGCUGGUGCUGAUCUCGUUGCUAUGGACACAUCUAUGGCAGCAGCACCGCCUCUUGCAUUUUGGAAGUCACUGCUGGGGACACAACUACCAUGGACGCACCUGCUGCACAAGUUGAAGCGCAAGUUGAAGAGGGUGAGCCUGUGGUAG